AUGGACUUCACCCCGCUCUUCCCGCACAGCUCUUCCUCGUCCUCGACGGUCUCGCCCAAUGGCGACUAUGUCUUGACCUCGGUGGGCGAUCGGUUGGUGGUCCGACUCAGCCAAUCGAUGGAAGUCAUCCGGAGCUGGAGAUCUGAGCAGGACCAUCCGGCGAACCCGGAGCCGAAGACGAACAGGCUGCUCUCAUCCUCCUCCGGCUCGACCACCGACAAGCAGGCCGUCAAGUCCUCAACGCGUUCCGUCCAGCCGACGAUCCCUUACCUGGGAAACGCGUCCAACAAGCCCGACUCGGGCACCCUCCAGGAUGACCGACGCCCACCGCUGCUCACAUCCAUCUCCUUCUCGCCCAACUCUCAGUACGUAUGUGCACUCCUGCGCCAGUCCACGACAUCGGUGGUUUUCAUCUACUCGAUUGAAGCCGAUCAGCUCGCUGCUCAGAUUAAAAUCGGGGCCGAGGGCGUCGCGAGUGGUGACAAGGCGGUCAGAUGGAGCCCGAGUGGGAACAGCUUGAUGGUCUGGAGUGAUUGGAACCUCAGGGUCACCAUCUGGCCUCUGUCCAACUCCCAACCUAAGCCGGUCCAAUUGCACCACCCCAAACAUGGCCCCCACAUCGGAUCUGCUCUCUCACCCACUGGACGGUACUUUGCUCUAAUCUGUCGACAACCAGGAAAUUUCCACGACCACGUCAGCAUAUACGACACGCUUACUUGGACAUGUGCCAGUUUAUUCCAGCUCUCUGCCGAACUGGUCGAUCCAACCCAUCUCCACUGGAGCCCAUGUGGUCGAUAUCUGGCUAUCGUCGAAUCAGCCCUGCUCGAUUAUCGGGUCGAGCUGUGGUCACCAACCGGAUCUAAACUCGGUGCCUUCGUCCCACAGCCCUCCAAACAGAUCCUCACCCAAAUCAAUCCUUCGUCCACCGAUCAUCGCACUCAUCACCCACCCCAAACACUCCAUCGUAGCCAUUCUGACUCCCUUCCAUCCGUCCCGCCCCAUAAGCGGAAAGUCUCAUCUAGCACCAAUCAUCCAGACCAAGAGACUGAUACAAGUGCUCAUGUCGGCUUGGGCAUCCGUCACAUCAAGUGGAGACCAGGAGGAGAAUACCUUGCCGUGGGUGGGUGGGAUAGUAAAGUACGCAUCUUGAACGACUUGACUUGGACAUCGAUCUGCGAAAUUGAUUUGAGUGAGAUCUCCAACGCGGAACGAGUUCUUGAUGAGCCUCGGGAAUGGAUCGGGCGAACAAGAGGCCACGGGAUCAUUCCAUUCGAAGUCGAGUCGAUUUCUGUCCUUCCAAGUCCUUUGAAACCCGACUAUAGCAAACCUAAUCCAACCAUGGGAAUCAAGGAGAUUGAAUGGAGCCCUAAGGGAGACUACAUGGCUGUCCGCAACGACGCGAUGCCGACGGCGGUGUUCAUAUUCUCUUUCCGCGGGAGUAAUUCAUCGUCUCAAAACGCGCAUCCAGAUUCGAUCCAGCUCCAGUCCAUGGUUCCUCUGCGCCCUCGACUGAGCAGCAUCCUCCACUUCUCGAGCCCAGUCAGAUGUCUUCAAUGGCAUCCCACCCUCACUCAGCUUGUCCUCGUCUGCGCUACCUCCGCCGUUUAUUCCUGGUUCCCUCGCCACCCCGGCCUUUCUUCUUCGUCAGCUGAGACACCUCAGCCUGCUGAUUAUUGUGAAGGGAUCGGUGUCCCUGCAGGUAUUCCUUUUAAUGCCGUCUCAAUUCACUGGAACCCAACUGGUGACAUCAUGUUGAUUUCAGAUAAAGCUACAUUUUGCUUGGCCUUGCCUGUUACGGAAGAUAAUGAAAGUACCUGA